UCCAUAGGGAUCUUCGUUUCAUCUGAUUGGUUGGGGAUGUGGCAACAAGGGGCGAGAACAAUAGCAUCAUUCCUCCUUAAAAAGAGUGCUGCUAUGCCUUGGAGACGAAAGCAUUUCAGGAAGAGAAAGAUCAAUAGCUGAUAGAUACAGCCGGAAUCAAAGUUUCGAGCGUGCCUGAUACCCGUUGUAAACCUGGAUUUUGUUUAAACCGGCGUCCACCUUUUUUAAAAGUGCCUUUUUUCAUUAAACGCAAAGAUGCCAAAAGGUUUCCUGGUAAAGAGGAACAAAAAGGCAGCGCACGUCUCCUACAGGAUUCGCUCCGAUGAGGACGAGCAGGAAAAAAUCCAGGCGCUCCAGAAUAAAAGCGACUCGUCCGCACCUGUGUCCGUCGCAUCCAGCCCCGACCCCGCCGCAGCAUCUCCCAGCCCCGUGGCGGAUACCCCGGUCUCGGGGCAGGAUGCUAAGCCUAUACAGUUCGGCAACCCGGAGGCAGUGUACCAAGGACUCUACAGCCCCACCCGGCCCAUCAGCAAAGAGCACGACAGAAGAUAUUUCGACAGAAGUUUCAAUCUGGGCUCGCCUAUUUCCGCUGAAUCAUUCCCGACACCUGCCGCCCUCACUACUUUAGACCAGCUUUUAUUUGCUCCAGUGGACUUGAAAAUCGGCACCAGCAACAGCAACCGCAGCGGUACCACCAGCACCGUCCCCGCCGCUGCUAUCAGGAACGCCAUCAAAAGGCCGUCAUCCGACAACGAACGCAAAGGGAAACCCGUAGCAAAGAAACCCAAAGCGAUCCGAAAGCUCAAUUUCGAAGACGAAGUUACCACUUCCCCAGUGCUUGGUCUGAGAAUCAAAGAAGGACCAGUCGACCUAAAACCCAGACCGCUGUCAUCUGCAGGUAACAAGCCUUUGGGCGAAUUCAUCUGUCAGCUGUGCAAGGAAGAAUACGCCGAUCCCUUUUCUUUAGCUCAGCACAAGUGUUCCAGAAUCGUAAGGGUUGAGUACAGAUGUCCUGAAUGUGAUAAGGUGUUCAGCUGCCCGGCGAACCUGGCCUCUCAUAGGCGCUGGCACAAACCGAGACCUCAAAACGCAGCGUCAAUGUCUGCUACCCAGAGUACCAAAUCUGACAUCGCCAAGAUGCCCUCUGGUGUCAAGGCCGUGUCUGAAGACCUGCGGGACAUGAGGGCCGAGUUCGCCAGUGACAGGGACACCCCCAGCCCCGGUUUGUCGGAGUCGGGGUCGGAAGACGGUCUCUAUGAUUGUCACCAGUGCGGGAAAAAGUUUAAACGCCAGGCGUACCUGCGGAAGCAUCUGUUGGGACACCAAGCCUUGCAGAAUAAACCCGAAGAGCAGGGAUUCCAAAAUGGGGAAAAAGAGGAGAAGCUCAGCCAGGUUCCUGUCUCAGACGAAAACCAAAGCCAGGGUCCCUUGAAUCUGAGCCCCGCGGAGUGUCUCCUCUGCCCGGUGUGUGGAGAGAAUUUCCCCAACCGGGCAAGCCAAGAACGGCAUCUUCGCCUCCUGCACUCGUCCCAGGUUUUCCCCUGCAAAUAUUGCCCAGCCACUUUCUACAGCUCGCCGGGACUUACGAGGCACAUUAACAAAUGCCACCCCUCGGAAAAUAGGCAGGUCAUCCUUCUUCAAAUGCCCGUGCGCCCUGCUUGCUAAAAACACAAGUCGUGCCUUUACCGGGGAAAACCAGUAGCACGGAGAGAAACCUCCACUGUAACACGAACUACGUGCAGCAUUCAGUUCAGGUUGUCUACAAGUCGGAGAAGUUUCUUUCAAACCAAUCAAUGGCUUAUUGAAAUAUUAUGGAACUAUGACUUGAAGUAUAUAUUUUCAGAUUUCUUUGGAGUUAGUUUAUCGCACACACAAACACAAGCACACACACGCACGUACACACACACACACGCAUACACACAAAGCGAAACGUUAGUUUGACUGUUAAAAGUAUUUUUCUAGGACCGCUGCACACGUGCUAAUGUACUAGCUUCUAGACCUAAGAAAUUGUUAUUAUACUCUAGGCGUACCUGUUGUCAUAAAUGCCUUUCAAUUCACAUGCUGUAAAUUUCCCUUUCACCUUAGCUUUAUUAUAGCUUGUGAAUUACCCCGUGUUGAAAAAAAAAAAUCAAAAUUCUUAAAACAUUCCCUAUUAGUGUGGCCGUACAUGCCUUUAGAGUUCUCCGAUACAUCCACAGUGCUGUAUACCUGCCUUAAAAAAGUUCAGUGUCAAAUAAUGAUU